AUGGAUCGAUUGAACCGUAUACCUCCCUUUAUUGGUACAUACGUGCUUUUCUCCGUCCAUUACUCCGCUAUUUUACCAUCGUUACUCGACGUCGAUCCAUCUUAUGAGAAAUCCGUCUUCCCGUUCCAGAGCGGCACGACGAAUCCAACAGUCAAACUAUUUUGCGUCGAUCUCGACAUGGUGGUGCAGGGUAACGUGACUUUGGUGGAGAUCGAACAUCCGCCGGAGCUGUCUACCUCCGAAAGGAUCCUGUCGGCGGUGGACUUUCCCACGGAUGAUCUCGUGUACGCGACUUGGAUGAACCGGGUGCAGAACAGGGCGUAUUUCCAGCUUUGCGACGUCGACGGCCUGCUGCCAAAUUGCACGACAGCGCUUUCAUAUAGCGAGAAAAAUGGCUGGGUGGAACAGUUCGAAGCGCCUAUAUUCAGCAUGGACGGUACGUCGUUUCUUCUAAUAUUACCACAGAGACAGAAGGACGGCAGCAAUUGGCGACACGUUGUACUGAUUACGAAUGCAACCAGCGGCAAGCCGACCACCACCGCCUUAACAUCCGGCUAUUUCGUUGUGACGGAGAUAGUAUCGUGGGAUCGGGAGGAUUCCUACGUAUACUACUUGGCCACUACAGAACGCGAGUCGGCAGUUCAGCACUUGUACAGAGUGUCGUUGCUAGAUUCGGAGCACAAGUCAACGUGUUUGACUUGUAACGUUGUCAGAGAGAGGGACGGCAGCCGGUGUUUGUACAACAGCGCUAAAUUCUCCACUGACAAUUCGCAUUACGUGCUCACUUGCGCUGGGCCUGGAGUACCCGAUAUAGCUAUCUACAAUAAGAAUUCUACGUUGCUCUCCGUGUGGGAGGACAACAAUGUAGUGACUGAGAUACUAAUGGAGAAGUCACAACCGUACGUUCAUAGAUAUAAAGUCCCAGUUCCUGGUGGUUUUAACGCGCAAGUGAGACUUCUGAUACCACCUGGUGCUGACUUCAGUGGGGCUACCAAGUAUCCUAUGCUGGUUUAUGUAUAUGGUGGCCCGGAUUCGUAUCAGGUGACGGAGAAGUUUAACAUCGAUUGGGGCACGUAUCUUGUAACAAACAAAAGUAUCAUAUAUGCCGCCAUUGAUGGACGCGGUUCCGGAUUAAUGGGUAACAACAUGCUGUUCGCUGGAUACCGGCGCCUGGGUACCGUCGAAAUUACCGAUCAGAUCAACGUUACCAGGUAUCUACAGGACAAAUUACCCUUCAUUGACCGUACGAGAACGGCGAUAUGGGGCUGGAGUUAUGGUGGAUACGCGACCGGCAUGACGCUCGCCAUGGACUUAAAAGGUGUCUUCAAGUGCGGCAUGUCCGUCGCGCCAGUUACGGAUUGGGCUCUUUACGAUUCGAUUUAUACCGAGCGGUUUAUGGGUUUACCAACCGUCGCUGAUAAUAUGCAAGGCUACGAAAAAGGCCAGCUGUUAAAUAAAGUCGAGAACAUCAAGAACAAGAUGUACUAUCUGAUUCACGGAACUCUAGACGACAACGUGCACUAUCAGCAGUCGCUUAUGCUCGCGAAGGUGUUGGAACAGAAAGACAUUCUCUUCAGACAACAGACGUACACGGAUGAAGAUCACGGUAUCGUCCAGUCACGAGCACAUCUGUACCAUUCGUUAGAGAACUUCCUGGAUGAAUGCUUUCAGACGUCAUCAUGAUCGGAACAUGGAAUAGUGAUGACAAUCUAGAUGCUGUACACCACCUGCCUCACACUUACCACUUGUAAAUAUUCUAUCAAGUGUACAUAGUUUAUGUACGAUAUGUAAUAUGAGCAUUUAGAGAAUGUACAUAGCGGUGUGAGAUUGGCUCGGAGGAUUGGAAGGAUGAGAGAGAGAGACAGUGAAAAAGGAAGAGUGUGAGAGAGAACAUAAAAUGUGAGAAGAGGUAGAAUUAAUUAGGCAUCAGUGUCGUCACGGAAUUACGCAGGACAAGUCU